GAUCUCUCCGUGAUCGAAUAUAAACAAAAGGAAAUCUCUGACUUUCUAGUGGUUUAGUUGAGCUAGGUCUCUGUCUGACUCCUCCAGCAGCAAAGCUCUCCGCUUCCUGCAAGUCAAAGAAACAGGGAGAACCAAAUUUGGGUUUCUUUAAACCGACAGAUCCAGCACCCGAAGGUUUUGCAUAUUUCAAAUCUUGAUAAGGUUUUGAAAUGGAAAGAAUUACCGAGAGAGUGAUGCAGAUGUAUGACAACAUAGUUAGUUUCCUGCGGAAAUACAUUUUUUACGUUCUUUCUGUUGGUCCCAUUCCUAAUCAUAUUGCAUUCAUCAUGGACGGGAAUCGGAGAUACACAAAGAGGUGGAAUUUGAUGCACGGAGCCGGCCAUAAAGUCGGAUAUUCAGCUCUCAUGUCUAUGCUAAAGUACUGCUACGAACUUGGUGUGAGGUAUGUAACAGUCUAUGCCUUCAGCAUCGAGAAUUUCAAGAGAAGUCCUGAAGAGGUUCAAUCUUUGAUGGACUUGAUGCUAGACAAGAUUGAAGAGUUACUCAUGGAAGAGAGCAUUGUCAAUCGGUACGGUAUUAGAGUUUACUUUUCCGGGAACCUUAAACUCCUGAAUGAACCAGUUAGGUUGGCAGCUGAGAGAGCUAUGCUUGCCACUGCUAAGAAUUCCAAAGCAAUUCUAUCUAUUUGUGUUGCCUACACUUCCACCAAUGAGAUUGUGCAUGCCGUUCAAGAAUCUUGUGAAGAAAAAUGGGAUGAAAUCACUCUACUCAAUUCAAAUGGAGGGAAUGAACCAGAUGAAAACACUAACCUUAUUAAACUUACUGAUAUCGAGAAACAUAUGUAUAUGGCGUUUGCACCCGAUCCUGAUAUCAUAGUACGUACUUCUGGUGAGACACGCUUGAGCAAUUUCCUUUUAUGGCAGAGUGCAAACUGUUACUUGUAUUCUCCAUCAGUGCUAUGGCCAGAGAUUGGAUUUCGUCAGUUUCUAUGGGCGAUAUUGAAUUUUCAGCGGAUUCAAGUUUAUUUAGACAAGAAAAUAAAGCAGUUGUAGAAUAUUUCCAAAUUGACUCAAAUCUCUAUCAUGUUUUAGUAAUAGAAACAGAUUCCAAGAUUGGCUUGGACUUGUUUUUGGUGUCCUUGCUGCUGUUAUAUACCGGGGUAAGCGAGUAUACAAUAAAGUCAAUUGAUCACAUUCGGAGGAGCUCCUUACAUGGUAAUUGUAAUAUAUCAGCAAGCAAAGCGCUUCUGGGUUAUAUACGGACACGAUUAUACUCGGAGAACUUUAUUAUGGUUUUGU